ACGAAGUGUGUAUAUGUAUGCUUCUUUAAACAUGAAACGUUCAAUAUUUGUUGAAUAAGAACAUUUAUUUGAAGGUUCUCCAUUUGACUAAAAAAUAAAUUAGUUCAAACAGGAAGAAAGGAAUACAUUUUAUAUAGUAUUUUAACAUUAUUUAAACAGUUCGAUAAGAAGAUUAAAUGAAGGAAGUGUUGUGAUAACUACAGAUUUAACGGAGUUGAAAAAAAGAAUCAAUUUAUUAUCCACGGAGCACCAUGUUUUGAGACUGGAACUACUUGUUACUGCUGAAGAUGGACCAGCGGUUGAUUUUGGCCAUUUUCUAUUUCCUCUCCUGCAUAGCGGUCGUGGGUUCAAUCCUGUGCUAUCAAUGCGUAGAUUCUACAGGGGACAGAGCCCAGGCUAAAUGUCAGUUCGCCAUCAGGUCGCUCGCCAAACAGAGAUCCAGUCAUGAGAACACCAAUAAAACACUUUCGAAACUUGUCAAUCUGAAGAACUGUAGCAACUACAAGGAUCCUAAGACAGGAAAAGAAAUAUUACCUUACUGCAAAAUAGAAGUGAUAUCUUCAUACGGUGAAGUGAAUGGAUACAUCCGAGAUUGCAGCAACGGUUCGGACUUUUCCGCCGAUUUCCGUAACGCCACCCACUUGAGCGUGGAGAGGGGUUUUCUCAAACUUGACAAUCAAACUGGAUGUGGAUACAGCCCCACUCAUUUCGCUAAUCUGUGCGUCUCCGUGUGUAAUACAAACUUCUGUAACGGCCCCUUUUCAGAUGGGGGUCGUUUACGUCACAUGACAGUGCUAGAGAUGAUUGGUUUAUGUUUAGUCCUGAAAACCUUUCAAAAGUUGUUGCAGUUCUAAGUGUUUGGCUAUAAUUAAACAUUCGACUUAAUGUGAUAAAAAACAUUGUUGUGGAUAUGUAUAAACAGAUUCUAUAAAAAGGUUAUCAUUGUUGAAGAACUCCAGUAUACUUCAGUAGAGAAAAUAUUAUUUAAAUACAUUUUAUGAAUGAUUGUUAUAGUAAUUCAAUAUCAAUGGAGUCAAGUUUAAAUGUUUUGUGAAACAGAAACGAUGUCCAUAUUGUGAACAUUUUAAAAUACAUGCGUGUAAAUGUAUAUACAGUCGAAACUCGCUAUGUCGAAGUCGUUUGGACUUCGGGGAUUUUGUCGAAAUAACGAAAAUUCGAUAUAACCGAAAUACAACAAAAGUCUUACUUAACCAAACCCAAGCACGUUCGUUAAAAAUCUUUGAAAUAACCAGAACUUCGAGAAAACAGAGUUCGACAAAGCGAGUUUCGACUGUAUGCGUAUAUUUUUGGUUAUUUGUGCAUUCACUAUUUUCAGAGUGUUGUAACACUGUACUAAUGACCUCUAGGGUUUUCGCUACUUAAUACUUCAUCAGAACACUUGUAUCAGCAAGAAUAUUGACGUAAUUAAACUAAUGCAAACGCUG